ACGCGAAGUUAUUUAUCUACCGGAGUCCGGAGACAAUUUAUUUUAUUACAUUGAUUUUCUAUUGUGUAUAAGUGAUAACGUUUAUAUCAACCUAGCUGAAUUAAAACUCAAAACAAAUAGCAAUAAUUCUUAUUCUUAAUAUAAAAAUGUUAUAUGUUCAUUUUAGAACUGCCCAAUGGCCGUAUUGUUCGAGUGUCAAUAAUCAGUGUUUGGCCGUGUGGGAUUAAAUCGAAAUGUUUCUAUUCAGGAAUGUGAUUAUGGACAGUUUAUGGUGGAGGAAAUGUUUACAUCUGUUGAUACUGUUCAUUUUCUUAAAGUUAAAUGUUGUUAGCGGGCUGAAGUGUUACUGCAACAGUGACAGCCCUAGUUGUCCAAACUCGACAUGUGAGACGGAUGGAUUUUGUUAUGCUUCAUAUGCUCUGGACAACGGAGAGCCCAAACACACCUACCAAGAGGUGGCCUUAAGCUGUAUGCAAAGAAAUGUAGCCUUCCCUCCAGACAAUCCAAUCAAAUGCAGACAGCCAAGAGCCUAUUGCUGUAGUAAAGAUUUCUGCAAUUCUGAUGUGGUUUACCAAGAGAAAUUCUAUAAAGUGCUGAAUACAUCAUCCAUGGAGUCGAGUCCGACAGCGACUACAUGGCAGCUGCUUCCGUGGAUCAUGGGUCUCAUGGUGCUGAGUGCGUGCGCUGCCAUCAGCUUUUGGUGGGCGCGUCGUUCCCCAAAGACGAUAAAGCGCGAGUCCAGGUCGCUAUUCGCCCCGGAGGACUCUUUUUGCGAAACUCGCCACCCAAUGAUGACCGCUACCAUACGGGAUAUGAUCGAGUUAACCACUUCAGGCUCCGGCUCCGGGCUCCCUCUGCUGGUGCAGCGCUCGAUUGCUCGUCAGAUCCAGCUGGUUGACAUAAUCGGCAAGGGCAGGUUCGGUGAAGUGUGGCGCGGUCGCUGGCGAGGUGAAAACGUCGCCGUGAAGAUAUUCUCGUCGCGCGAGGAGAGCUCCUGGUUCCGGGAGGCGGAGAUAUAUCAGACCGUGAUGCUGCGCCACGAGAACAUACUCGGGUUCAUCGCUGCCGAUAACAAAGACAACGGCACCUGGACGCAGCUGUGGCUGAUCACGGACUACCACGAGAACGGCUCCCUGUUCGACUUCCUCAGCGUACGGACCAUCGACGCGAACACUCUGGUGAAGAUGGCGCAGUCCAUCGCCACGGGGCUGGCGCACCUGCACAUGGACAUCGUGGGCACCAAAGGGAAGCCGGCGAUCGCUCAUCGAGAUCUCAAGUCGAAGAACAUCUUGGUGAAGUCGAACCUGACGUGCGUGAUCGGCGACCUCGGGCUGGCGGUGCGGCACAACGUGUCCAACGACUCCGUCGACGUGCCCUCCACCAACCGCGUCGGCACCAAGAGAUACAUGGCGCCUGAGGUGCUGGACGAGAGUAUGGACUCGCGUCAGUUCGACCCGUAUAAGAGAUCGGACGUGUACUCGCUGGGCCUCGUGCUGUGGGAGAUGGCGCGUCGCUGCGGCUGCGCGUGCGACGACUACCAGCCGCCGUACUACGACUGCGUGCCGCCCGACCCCGCGCUCGAAGACAUGAGGCGCGUCGUGUGUCUCGAGAGGCGGCGGCCCGUGCUGCCCAACAGGUGGCACUCCGAUCCGGUGCUGUCGGCGAUAUCGAAGGUGAUGAAGGAGUGCUGGUACCAGAACCCCGCGGCGCGGCUGACAGCGCUGCGCAUCAAGAAGACGCUUGCCAACAUCGCCACCGCCGACCAUUUCAAACUAUAAACGGCCCCCACUACCGGCACCAUCGACGACGACAGCAUUCAUCGCCUUCGACCAUUCGACUUAGUCUAUAGUGGUACCAUUAAAGAAUAUAGAUCUUUAAAAGUAGUUUAGUUGGGGAUAUUUUAAAAUAUUUAAGAUGGAAGGUUUUGACAAAUUUUAGAAGUACUUCAUGAUGUAAUUCUUCCGAUAGAGUCGUGUGAUAUGUCUGUUAUGAUGAACGUUCGGCGGUCGCGUCGACGUCGAAGGCGACCGAACGCGUGCUCGCCCAACGGCGCCGGGGGGUCACAGGGUGUUUAGAAAUUGUAAUUGUUGUAUAUUGUAAGAAAAGAAGGUAUCCAUCUAAAAUUUAGAUAUAUUUAACAAAAUUAAAGAUAUUUAAAGUGUCUAUAUCUUUGAACGGUUCCGACUAUUUUAAUGUGAAAUUGUAUAUAAAAUAUAGAGGUCGGGAUUCAUUUAAAAUGAAUAAAUUUAUCGUCGAGGAAGUGGCCGUAGCCGGGGCCCGGGGGGCCGGGGAGAUGGGGAGAUGGGGAGAUGGGGAGUUGGGUCGCGGCGAGUUUGGCGACGGCGCGUUCGGAGAGCGGUCCCGAUCCUACCUCUUAGAUUAUAUUCGAGUAAUAUCAAAACAAGCAUUUAUUAUAGUAACGUGUUAUGGACUUGAGGUUGUAGUGAUAUUUUUUCGUUACCAAGUACGUAGGUUUUUAAAUUUUGUUAAGGUUCGAUUUCGUUUAUUAUUAUUAUUGCGCAUAAUAUACAUUUUAUGACGUAUCGCAUAUAUUUUUUUCGAUUUUUAUUUUUGGAUACUAUGUUUUCUGUGAUAGGACGUCAUCGCAGCUACUGUUGUAAGUCUCGCGCGUCCGCCGGCGGCGCGAGUUCGGUCUUUGUUAUACGAUUUUAUUUUAAUUUUAGUUCCGUCGAAGUUUGUACCAAAUUUAUUGCAACGUUAUACGUCCUCUAGCGGGAGGCUCGCUCCCGGUACGAGGGUUCUGUACCUUUGAAAAUUGUUAAUUAUUAGUAAUAUUACGUGGGUGAGAUUCAUUGAGGACUUUGGUUUCAAAUUUUAUCAUAUGUAUAGAGUCCCGCGUCGCGCCGGCGCCGCGCCCUCGGGACCGUCAUACAAAAAAGGUCGCGCUGAAAUAUUUUUGAGUCUUUUUAUAAAAAAGUAACUUUCUAAAUCAAUAGUCUUAAGAUUAACUUCAUAUUCAAAACAACGGUUGUAAUAAUGAAUUUGUAUACCCGUGUCGCGACUCGCGGCUGGAACUCGUUAUGUCGUUACGUCGGGCGCGGCAGUCGCGGCCGAGGGUGCGGGGCGCGGGGCGGUGUUGUUUAGGCGAAGCUGACUUAGAGUAUAUCGAGAGAGUGAAAUUUUUUACAUAUUAGUUGAUGAGUAAAAUUGACAUAUUUUCUUACUUGUUCGGUAAUCGUUUUUUCGGAUAUUAAGAUAUUUUGAAUUUGUAAAUAUUAACGAGAGUUAGUCUACUAUAUACGAUCUACUAUUUGCAUAAGAGUUUUUAUAAUCACGUAGAUUUGAUACGUUUAUGUAACUUUUUUUACAGAUAAGUAUAGGGUUUAUUUUUUUUAAUAUAUAUUUGUAUAAGUUUACACGAGCGACCGUCUGAGUGUGAGUGUAACCGCGCCACGCGCUUCAUUCGGUUAACACGCACUCUGAGUACUACCAGGGUGGGCGUGCUUUAGUUUGCUGGAUACGGCAACGAUUACACCUAGUCCUUUGAAUGAGCGAGUAGAGGUUCGAGGUGUUAACCGCUGCCGUCGCUUGUUGAGUUAAUGAUUUGCACCAAUCCGCGGCCACCUCGACUAGUACUCGACUAGGGUGCGAGCGGCACGAGCCCGGCUCCGACUGAGCUAGCCGGGCGUGGGCCGCGGUGUAUGUACUUAUGAGAGUAUACGCGUACUUUAAUAUCCUGUCCAUCCAGCUUUAUAUUGUAUUUUUUUUUACGUUUAUUUGUAAAACCAAACUACCCUCGUGUUUUACACAUUUUUACAGUCUUUAUUAUUGUGAAUUAUAUUUUUGACUGAACAUUGAACUUUGAUAUCUUUUAAAUACUUUUGCGUUUUUGCAUAAAGAUUCUAACAAACUAGUUUUCGAUAAUAUUGAUAUAUGAAAAUAAUAGCAAUAGUGUGGUUGAUCAGUUUAUAGUUCACGAGUCUUCCAAUCGAGAUGAAAUUCGAUAUUCGAUUUCGACAGUAAAAAUAAAUUCUAAAAUAAAAACGUAACCUCCUCGCUGCGCGGGCGCACGAUAGCACGUAAGGGUAGGCGGUAACUUUGGAUCACAGAGUUUAGGCAGCUAUUCUCGAAGCGUUAUCAUAUUGCGUUUCGUGUUCUCCCGACCGCGGCAACCAAGCAAUAUAUGGCACCGGUGUCUGUGCAGAGUUGUUUAUCACAUGCUAUAUUAAUCAGGUGAGCAUUUAGUUGCCUUUCCGAAGUGUACUCAAGAGUCGAAAUAUACAUGAUUGUAUUAUUAUUAUAAAAUAUUACUUUAAGUUUAUAUAUAUUUAAAACGUUUCGUCGCUUUACGCCUUAGUCAUUAAGGAAUACGUAAUUAGUUCUUUAGCCCAACAUUGACAGAGGGAACUGUUAUAUUUUAACUGUAUAUGUUACUUAGAUACCGCUGUUUUGUUUCGGGGUAGUCGCCGGCUGUCGGCACUAGUCGUUUCCGAAAGAGCGAUGUGUUAUGUAUAGAUGAUUCUUGUUGAAAAUAAUAUAAAUAUUUGAAAAUGUUGACUAACAUAGACGUAACGCAUCCGGCAGGAACAUUAAAUGUAAUCGUUAGUUUAUACGCUCCCGCGGGCACACAGAGGCCACGGAGCCCACGGAGCCCGCGACGUGACGACCAUAUCAUGUUUUGCGGUCACGGGAUAUUUAUUAUUAUUAGGAGUACGAGUACGAGUACGAGUACUGCUCGUACGGACGCAGAGCGCGCUUCAGGCGCAUGCGCCGUCUGGGGAGCCAGUACCAACCAAUUCUCAGUCGCGUAGGUUCGAGCCCUUGUAUUAUAUGUGAUUGUAUUGUUUCCUUACGUAGCCGUACGAUACUUGAGACAUGUGCUUUUAGAUUAAAUGUUUGGCGCUUUGUGUUGAAUGCGAACAUGAUGUGAAUGUGGAAAUUACAUUGACGACGCGAUUCCUUUUAAUAUUGUGACUUGUUUCCGUUCGGCGGCACAUGCCAGUAAUCAUAUUAGAUGCUAGAAGGGUGGACGUCGAUGAAAUUAGAUUUUAGUGCGUGUAAAAUUUAGUCUUUUCGCGAUUAAGAUCUAGAUGUCUUCUGUCCUAACGAGUAAUAUUAACGCGAUAACUGAUUUCUUACAUUACAAAUGUUUCAAGAACAGCAAACGGAGAGCGACGAAGUCGUCGCCGGGUCGGGGCGACUUUUGUUGAAUGUUAGAUAAAGGUGUAAUUAUAGAUUUCAUUCUUAUUCAUUAUUAUUCUGCGUUAUUCUCGUAAUAUUAAUAUUGAGAGUUAAAUAAUUUAGAUUAGACGUAGGUCGAGUUGUAACGUUCAGGCGUCAGAGGUGUUUUGUGUCGUUUUAAAUGAGUUUCGAGGAGCAAUACCGACGAGUACAAGACGACACGGUCGUUUAGCAACAGCAAUAAGAAGCAGCGGCCGCACGGGCCGUCCCGUCGCCGCGUGCGAUGCGACCCCUCGUGCGACUCGCUUUGUGUACCUACCUACCAUUAUUUAAUUGUCGCAUUACAUAAGAUUUAUAAAAUUGUUUCUGGAGUGGUAUAAUUAAUUUAAUAAAAUAAAACAAGUGU